GUUGAAUGUUGUGCUCUCAAUCGCGGAAAAUACAUCAGGUGAAAUCUCUCCUCAUAAAGUCUGGUAGAAUACUUAAGUACCCAGUUAUGCCGCCAAGGCUAGAGUCUCACAUCUUUGGUGGGCUUCAAGGCUACGUCGGUCCAGACCUUGAGAUCCUGACUGAUAAGCACGAUGCCCGCUUUCAUGAGUACUCCAAGAGAUGGUCUGACAUCGACCGAAAAGUCCCAGCAGCCAUAGUUCUGCCCCGGACAGAAGAACAGAUACAGAGCACGGUUCAUUGGGCCGUCAAGCACUCGGUGCCUUUUGUCGCCAAAUCAGGCGGGCAUAGCACCUGGUCGACGAUAGGAGAGGAGGGGUUCAUCAUCGACCUGAGCAACUAUUCUGGGAUCACGGUAGACUCAUCAGGGCCAGUUGCGAAGCUCAGGGGCAGCAUUCUGUCCAAGGCUGUCGCCGUGCACCUUGCGGGAAAUGGUUACUUUGCCGCUAUUGGCAAUGGAACUCAGGUCGGGGCUAUCCCAUAUUUCCUGAACGGAGGGGCCUCAAUCACCACCUCCCUCACAGGUUACGGCUCGGACCAGAUUGUAGCCGCGCGCAUGAUUGAUGCGCAGGGAGACCUGGUGGAAAUCACGCAAGAGAGACAACCAGACCUCCUCUAUGCGAUCCGAGGAGCAGGCCAGUUCUUCGGGCUCAUAACAGAGCUGACAAUCAAGGUCUGGCCGCUGACCGAGCUCGGUAACGACAACGGCGUCAUCUGGAGCGGGCGCUUCGUCUUCCCCAUGGAAAUGGCACUGGAAGUUGCACAGGCGAUGAAAUACAUCGUAGAAGAUGGCACCAAGGCCACGGCUGGCCUGCUGAUGACCUCGUGCCCGCCGCCCGCCCGGAAGCCUGCUCUGGUGGUCGCCGCGAGGUAUAUCGGCAACCCGGACGACGCAACGACCGCCUUUAGUGCGCUUUAUGAACUGAAGCCAAUAAUUGCUGACGGCGGGCCUGUUCCCAUACAGAAUGUCAGUGAUGGCCGAGAAGCACUGGAGGCCAAGGGCGGCUUCAAGACAUUUGGUACCGUGGGUUUGAGGCGCUUCGAUAUCGAGAGGUUCCUCGCCACCAUCGAGGUGUGGAAGCGCCUCAUGGAAGAGUGUCCCGAUGCCAUCAACACCACCUUCAAUUUUCAGUGGGACUCGCGCCCUCCAAAGCAGCCUUCCUUUGAGUCAGCCAACUCUCUCCAUGAUAUCAGAUUCUGGCAGAACAACAUAAUUUGGUAUACUGACGCUUCGAGCCACCAAAAGGUUGCCCAGCUAAAUGCAGAGUGUAUUGCCAUCGCAAGAGGCCCAGACCGGUCCGAGUAUGCCGACUUCCAAAACGCAACCAGGACUGGCCCCAUCGAACUUCGUUUCAGAGGCAAGGGCAAGUUGGAAAAGCUCCAGUCACUGAAGAUGAAAUGGGACCCUGAAGGGGUCUUCACCGGGCAGUUCAUGAACUAGGUUUCUCCCGGAGUCGUUUUGGUUGUGUCCACUAUUACCUCACCGAGGUCAUCGUUGAGCUAGGUGGCAGGGGCGUCUGUCGGCCAGACUGGUGACUUGAGCAGCACUCAUGUAGCCGAUUCGACUUGACGGAUCCCAUACUGGGAUGUCUACAAAAACGGUGCUACAUAGACCAGAGAAGGCCUCUGAG